AUGGAGAGUGGGCAUCAUAUAAUUGAGAGUGAGCAACAUAUAUUGGAAAAUGAGCAUCGUAUAAUGGACAAUGAGCAACAUAUAAUGGACAAUGAGCAACAUAUUAUGGAGAGUGAGCAUCGUAUAAUGGACAACGAGCAUCAUAUAAUGGACAAUGAGCAGCAUAUAAUGGACAAUAAGAAUAAUAUAAUGGACCGUGAGUAUCAUAUAAUGGUCACCGCACAGCACCGCACAUCACCGCACUGCACCGCACCUCACCGCACAGCAUCGCACAGCAUCGCACAGCACCGCACCUCACCGCACUUCACCGCAAAGCAUCGCACAGCACCGCACAACACCGCACAGCACCGCAAAGCAUCGCACAGCACCGCACAGCACCGCACAUCACCACACAUCACCGCACAGCACCGCACAGCACCGAACAGCACCGAACAGCACCGCACAGCACCGCACCGCACCGAACAGCACCGAAUAGCACGGAACAGCACCGAACAUCACCGAACAGCACAGAACAGCACCGCACAGCGCCGCACAGUACCGCACAGCAUCGCACAGAACCGCACUUCACCUAAUAACACAUCAAAACACCACACAGCGCAACAAAACACCACACAGCACCGUACAACACUGUUCAACACCUCAUUGCACCAUAUAGCACCGCACAGCACCUCACAGCACCCUAAAGCACAUCACAGCACCUCACAGCCACGCUCAGCACAUUACAUCACCGCACAUCCCCUCAAAGCACCGCACAUCCCCUCAAAGCACCGCACAUCACCACGCAGCCUCGCACAGUACCGCACAGCACAUCACAUCACCGCACUGCACCGCACAACACCGCACAGCACCGCACAGAACCGCACAACACCGAACAGCACCACAAAGCACCUAACUGAACCGCAGAGCACCGCACAACACCGCACAGCACCAUACAACACCGUAAAACACGUCAUAGCACAUAAUAGUACCGAACAGCAGCGCACAGCACCUCACACACCGUACAGCACAUCGCACCACCUCACAGCACCGCACAUCAUCGCACCAUACCGCACAGCACCACACACACUGCACAGCACUGCACAGCACUGCACAGCACUGCACAGCACUGCACAGCACUGCACAGCACUGCACAGCACUGCACAGCACUGCACAGCACUGCACAGCACUGCACAGCACUGCACAGCACUGCACAGCACUGCACAGCACUGCACAGCACUGCACAGCACUGCACAGCACUGCACAGCACUGCACAGCACUGCACAGCACUGCACAGCACUGCACAGCACUGCACAGCACUGCACAGCCCUGCACAGCACUGCACAGAACUGCACAGCACUGCACUGCACAACACUGCACAGCACUGCACAACACUGCACAGCACUGCACAACACUGCACAGCACUGCACAGCACUGCACAGCACUGCACAGCACUGCACAGCACUGCACAGCACUGCACAGCACUGCACAGCACUGCACAGCACUGCACAGCACUGCACAGCACUGCACAGCACUGCACAGCACUGCACAGCACUGCACAGCACUGCACAGCACUGCACAGCACUGCACAGCACUGCACAGCACUGCACAGCACUGCACAGCACUGCACAGCACUGCACAGCACUGCACAGCACUGCACAGCACCGCAAAGCACCUAACAGAACCGCACAACACCGCACAACACAUCACAGCACCACACAGCACCGAACAACACGUCAUAGCACCCACCGCAAAACACCGCACAACACCGCGCAGAACCUACUUCCACAUCAAAGCACACCACAACACCGCACAGCACCUCUCAUCACCGCAAAGCACCGCACAGUAUCGCACAGCACAUCACAGCACGGCAUUGCACCUCAUAGCAACGCACAACGUCGAGCUGCACUUCACAACACCGCACAGAAACGCACAGCAGCUCACAGCACCACAGAGCACCGCACAGCACAUCACAGCACCACACAGCACCGCACAGCACCGUACAGCGCCGUACAACACCUCACAGCACCGAAUGUCACCGCACAGAAGCGCACAUCACCUUACAGCACCGCACAACACAUCUUGCACGGACCAUAUUCAGCGUUCAGCGACGUAUUUUAA